GGGAGACCAGAUAUAGUGAAUGCAGGGUCCGGGGAGACCAGAUAUAGUGAAUGCAGGGUCCGGUUAGACCAGAUAUAGUGAAUGCAGGGUUUAUGGAGACCAGAUACAGUGAAUGCAGGGUUUAUGGAGACCAGAUACAGUGAAUGCAGGGUCCGGGGAGACCAGAUAUAGUGAAUGCAGGGUCCGGAGACAAGAAAUAGUGAAUGCAGGAUGCAGGGAGAGCGGAUAUAGUGAAUGCAGGGUUCGGGGAGACCAGAUAUAGUGAAUGCAGGGUCGGGGAGACCAGAUAUAGUGAAUGCAGGGUCGGGGAGACCAGACCAGAAAUAGUGAAUGCAGGGUCCGGGGAGACCAGAAAUAGUGAAUGCAGGGUCCGGGGAGACCAGAAAUAGUGAAUGCGGGGUGCGGGGAGAGCGGAUAUAGUGAAUGCAGGGUUCGGGG